UUGCAGCCUGUCCGUCGGGCUUCUUCAAGCCGACUCAGAAGGACGAGCCCUGCAUGCAGUGCCCCAUCAACAGCCGCACCACCAGCGAGGGCGCCAUCAACUGCGUCUGCCGCAACGGAUUCUACCGCACCGACUCGGACCCGCUCCAGAUGCCGUGCACGACCGUCCCCUCGGCGCCGCAGACCGUCAUCUCCAGCGUGAACGAGACCUCCGUCAUGCUGGAGUGGUUGCCCCCCCGGGACUCGGGGGGCCGCGAGGACGUGGUCUUCAACAUCAUCUGCAAGAGCUGCGGCGGCGGCCGCGGGGGCUGCACCCGCUGCGGGGACAACGUUCAGUUCCUGCCCCGCCAGCUGGGCCUGACGACGCGGGUCUACAUCAGCGACCUGCUGGCCCACACGCAGUACACGUUCGAGGUGCAGGCCGUCAACGGCGUGUCAGAUCAGAGCCCCCACUCGCCCCAGUACGCCUCAGUCAACAUCACCACUAACCAGGCUGCCCCGUCCACCGUGUCCAUAAUGCACCAGGUCAGCCGCACGGUGGACAGCAUCACCCUCUCCUGGUCCCAGCCCGACCAGCCCAACGGGGUCAUCCUGGACUACGAGCUGCAGUAUUACGAGAAGGACCAAUCGGAACACAACGGCACCGCCAUCAGGAGCCAGACCAACACGGUGGUCAUCCGCGGGCUCAAGCCGGGGAGCAUCUACGUCUUCCAGGUGCGGGCUCGCACCGUGGCCGGCUUCGGACGCUACAGCGGCAAGCUCUACUUCCAGACCAUGACCGAGGAGGAAUACAACACCAGCAUCCAGGAGAAGCUACCUCUGAUCAUCGGCUCGGCAGCAGCUGGCCUGGUCUUCCUCAUCGCCGUGGUGGUCAUCGUCAUCGUCUGUAACCGGCGUGGCUUCGACCGGACGGAUUCAGAGUACACGGACAAGCUGCAGCACUACACCAGCGGCCACAUGACUCCAGGAAUGAAGAUUUAUAUUGAUCCGUUCACAUAUGAGGACCCCAACGAGGCUGUGAGGGAGUUUGCCAAGGAGAUUGAUAUAUCCUGUGUGAAGAUUGAGCAGGUCAUCGGCGCAGGGGAAUUCGGAGAGGUGUGCAGCGGCAACCUGAAGCUCCCGGGCAAAAGGGAGAUGUUUGUGGCCAUAAAGACCCUGAAGUCCGGCUACACGGAAAAGCAAAGGCGGGACUUCCUCAGCGAGGCCAGCAUCAUGGGCCAGUUCGACCAUCCCAACAUCAUCCACCUGGAGGGCGUGGUCACCAAGAGCAGCCCGGUCAUGAUCAUCACCGAGUUCAUGGAGAACGGGUCCCUGGACUCCUUCCUCAGACAAAACGACGGGCAGUUCACGGUGAUCCAACUGGUCGGCAUGCUGCGCGGCAUCGCCUCGGGCAUGAAGUACCUGGCCGACAUGAACUACGUGCACCGCGACCUCGCCGCCCGCAACAUCCUGGUCAACAGCAACCUCGUGUGCAAGGUGUCCGACUUCGGCCUCUCGCGCUUCCUGGAGGACGACACGUCGGACCCCACCUACACCAGCGCACUGGGGGGGAAGAUUCCCAUCCGAUGGACCGCGCCCGAGGCCAUCCAGUACAGGAAGUUCACCUCGGCCAGCGACGUGUGGAGCUACGGGAUCGUCAUGUGGGAGGUCAUGUCGUACGGGGAGAGGCCUUACUGGGACAUGACCAAUCAAGACGUCAUCAACGCCAUAGAGCAGGACUACCGGCUGCCCCCCCCCAUGGACUGCCCCAGCGCGCUGCACCAGCUCAUGUUGGACUGCUGGCAGAAGGAGCGCAACAACCGGCCCAAGUUCAGUCAGAUCGUCAACAACCUGGACAAGAUGAUCCGCAACCCCAACACGCUGAAGGCCAUGACCCCGCUGUCCUCGGGUGUUCACCUCCCCCUCUUGGACCGCAGCAUCCCAGACUUCUCCAGCUUCAGCACCGUGGACGAGUGGCUGGACGCCAUCAAGAUGGGCCAGUACAAAGACAACUUCGCCGGCGCUGACUACUCCACGUUUGAUGUGGUGUCCCAGAUGACCAUGGAGUAA